AUGGAAAAACAAGAUGUUGAUGGAUUCCACAAUCAAACUACAGUAAAAUUGGAAGAGAACAGUGAUGAAAUGCAAAGUUCUGAUUCAGAAGAACUGCAUCACCACCCUCUAGGAUGGAUUGCCAAAGCUGUAAAAUGUUUUAAGGAAAAACUGAAUGCUAAAACCAUUGAGCUUGAGAAGCAAGAGAAUAUGAAACAAAAUACGAAACCGGAGAUUCAGCAACUAAGAGUAUCAUUGUGUAUGUGGAAGGACUUAACGGAAAAAGAUGAGGGGUUUUCGAAGAAGAUAAAUGCAUUCUUGAAUUUAACGGAAAAAAAAGAGUUACUUCAAGACUUAGAAGAACUGAACGAAAAGCUGGAAUUGGAGAUUCAGCAACUAAAAGUAUCCCUUAGUCUCUUGAAGGACUUCAGAGAUGAAGAAGAUGAGGAUCUUUUGAAAGAGGUAGAUGCUUUGCGGAUGGAUUUAAGUGACAAAGAAGAGUUACUUGAAGACUUAAAUGAUUUGAACCUAACACUAAUCAUUAAGGAGCGUCGGAGUAAUGAUGAGUUGUUGGAUGCUCGAAAAGAAUUGAUUUGUGUCAUUAAAGAAAUGUCAACCAGUGACAAACAUAUUGGUGUAAAGAGAAUGGGGGAAAUCAAUAUAGAACCAUUCCUUGCUGCUAUGAAGAAAAGAUUCAAUGCGAGAACAGCUAAAAAUAGAGCUGCAAAAUUAUGCUCUUCGUGGGAAGAGAGUAUAAAGGACCCAAAUUGGCAUCCAUUUAAAGUUGUUUUGGUGGAUAGUGAUGCACAUGUGGUUAUUAAUGAAGAAGAUGAAAAGCUGAAUGAGCUGAAAGAAAGCAUUGGUGAAGCAGUAUACGAUGCUGUGGUGGUAGCUUUGAAAGAGAUGAAUGAAUAUAAUCCUAGUGGCGGAUAUCCAAUCUCAGAAUUAUGGAACUAUAGUGAGAAAAGGAGAGCAACAUUGCAAGAAGGAAUACAAUUUCUCGCCAACAACCAAUCAAAUAAACGCAAGAGGGGACGAACACAGAAAGGGCGACCAGAUGCAGAAAGGGGGUUGUUGAAGUGUGAUGAAGGGGAGAAACAUGAUGCAUAA